AUGAGUCAGGCCCCGAGGCCCCUUUGUGGUAUCCCAGGAUGGGGCCGGAGACGGGGAUACAAAACGCUGAGCACCCCGCCCCUCCUCACCUACCGCAAUCACCGGCCCAGCAGCCCGCAAACACUCGGCUCAGCUUUGUCGCUGGCAACCGGAAGAAAUAGCGAGGCGGAGUCUCCAAUCCCCGCCUCGGGACUGGGUCUCACUGAUUGGCUGGUGCUGAGUGACGUCCUCAGAUCGCGACCCAGGAGCGGCGGCCGCGCGGUUAUGUGGCUGGGCGGCCUCCGCUGGCUCCCGGUUGUGGUGCAGGGGUGCUUCAAUCUCCGGCGCCUCAGCUUUGCCAGGUCUUGGGGUGGCAGUAGGAGCCGGAUGACGGAAACACUAUCGACCGAGGCCGAGGCAGCGAGCGGGCUGAGGGCUCCGGUUCAGCAAAACGGAGACGCGGGUGGCGACGCGAGGAGUGAGCGGACCCCAGGGCGCCCGGAGCCGGCCGACGCGGGAGUGGAGCCGGCCCCGGGGGACGGGAAGCAGGCCACAGGGAGCGGGGAGCAGGCUCUGGCUGCAGCCCAGGGCCCAGGCAAGCGGAAGAAGCGGCGGGGCGCAACUGGGGAGCGCGUCGUGCCGCCCCCGAAGAAGCGGCGGGCUGGGGUGAGCUUCGGCGAUGAGCACUUUGCAGAGACCAGCUACUACUUCGAGGGCGGCCUGCGCAAAGUGCGGCCCUAUUACUUUGACUUCCAGACCUACUGCAAAGGCCGCUGGGUGGGCCACAGCUUGCUGCACGUGUUCAGCACCGAGUUCCGAGCCCAGCCCCUGGCCUACUACGAGGCCGCGGUCCGGGCCGGGCGCCUGCACCUCAACAAGGAGCCAGUACAGGACCUCAGCGUUGUGCUCAAGGACAAUGACUUCUUGCAGAACACAGUGCACAGGCAUGAGCCACCAGUCACAGCAGAGCCUAUCCGCCUGCUAGCUGAGAAUGAAGACAUGGUGGUGGUGGACAAGCCUUCUUCCAUUCCUGUCCAUCCCUGUGGCCGCUUCCGACACAACACGGUCAUCUUCAUCCUGGGCAAGGAGCACCAGCUCAAGGAGCUACACCCAUUGCAUCGGCUUGACCGCCUUACCUCCGGGGUCCUCAUGUUUGCCAAGACAGCAGCCGUCUCGGAGAGAAUUCAUGAGCAGGUUCGAGACCGGCAGCUGGAGAAGGAGUACGUGUGCCGAGUGGAGGGGGAGUUCCCCGCUGAGGAAGUGACCUGCAAGGAACCCAUCUUGGUAGUGUCUUACAAGGUAGGGGUGUGCCGUGUAGAUACUCGGGGCAAGCCUUGUGAGACAGUGUUCCAGAGACUGAGCUACAAUGGCCAAUCCAGUGUGGUGCGGUGCCGGCCACUCACAGGCCGCACCCACCAGAUCCGAGUCCAUCUCCAGUUUCUGGGCCACCCCAUCCUCAAUGACCCCAUCUACAACUCAGUUGCCUGGGGCCCCUCCCGUGGCCGGGGUGGCCACAUUCCCAAGACAGAUGAGGAACUGCUUCGGGACCUUGUGGCAGAGCACCAGGCCAAACAGAGCCUGGAUGUGUUAGAUCUCUGUGAGGGUGACCUGUCCCCAGGACUCACGGAAUCUACAGCUCCCUCCUCAGAGCUGGGCAAGGACUGCCUAGAAGAGUUGGCUGCAUCUGCCCAGAAGAUGGAUAGAGCAGUUGAGGCAGCCUCUCAGGAUCUGGACACAAUGGCCUUGGCACCAGGGAACGCAGCCGAAACAGAUGUUGUGAAUCAAGAGAUAGACCCUCUCUGUGCAGAAUGCCGGCUGGUGCGACAGGACCCCUUGCCCCAGGACCUUGUGAUGUACCUGCAUGCCCUGCGCUAUAAAGGGCCAGACUUUGAGUACUUUUCACGCAUGCCUGCCUGGGCACAGGAUGACUGGCAAGAGGACUGAGGGCUGUGGCCAGUGGAGGGAUUGCUUCUUGGGUUAGAAGAGGGAAGGGCCAUGGGGUGGGACUGACCUCAUGGGCUGGUACUCACGGUUUCUACAGGAGUGAGGUUGGGCUCCUAAAGGACCUGCUCGUACUUGCUACCUCCUUCCUUCCUCUCCCUCCAGCUAGAGUUUGGGGACUUUUUGAUUUGUAAAUAUAUCCCUUUUUCUAACA